AAAACGUUUUCUUCAGUUUAUAGGAAAAAAAAAAUACUUUUCCCAGAAAUGUCCCCUGUAUUUUUAUUUUGGUGAAUGGUGAAACAUCAUCAGUGCCAGUAACGCCUGUAAGAAAAUAACGAAAUAAUUUAUCGUUUGCAGCUAGUUAGCCUUUUUACUGUCUAGACAUAUAGUGCAUUAAGCCAACGAAAGGCGAGAGUUCGACUUCUGACCAGUGAACGAAGUGGGAGGCGGUCUUCAAGUUUAAAUGCCUUGUUGGCGUGUGGGCACCUUCUUUGCAUUUUUUCCCCCCGUAAUGGUUUAUUUAAUACAUUUAGUAUGCAUGUUACAUCUGAGCCGGGGUUCCUCCCAAUGGGUGUGUGGUAUAGCGGGUCCACAGCUCAAAAUUGAAAAGGCCAGUUUUAAUAGAUAAUCGCCGCACUCGCGGCUUAAAGAGAGGGUUGUGGUAGGGCGUCCGGAGCGGUUCCCGGGAGCUUCGUGAUGCGGGUUGUCCUUGCUUAAGUGCACAGGUUAGGAGUCGUCCACAUUCGUAAUUGAUGCCGGGGGCUGCUAAUCUCCACACCUGACCCACGUCCCCUUAAUAUAUAAUAGAAGCGCGAGGCAUAUGGGAGGGGGAAUAAAGAGAGAGAGAUAUAGAGAGCAGGCUCGUGAAAGUUUAAUGCAGCUGGUAGGAGAGCCCCGAAUGAGUGUUUGGCCAACUCUCGUAGAGGGGCUUAUUGAAGCGGUCGUUCCACCUGAGCAGUUUUGAGGAGCUGGAGUGACCGACAGAGGGGUCGACUGGCCGGUGAAGGAAGCAGAGUCGUGGAGGCUUUGGACGUGGUGAGCACCCUGACUGCUGGGGAAGGAACCCAAGUCUCAGUCCGGCUGGAGCCCGAUGUAGCCGGGGAUCGGAUGGCUACCGGACCAGAAUUGAAGGGAGUUGCAUUUUGCUGGUAGGGUCGGGGCCCGUAUGGGAGAAGCAGGGGAGCCGCCAGUAAAGCACCGGUUGCUUUAAGAAAAGACUGCUUCCAGCCAUUGUUUUAACCUCAUCUAUUUAAAGGAUUUAUCUAUUGUGUUUUUAACCUCCACGAAUUCACCUGUUUUAUUGGAUUAUUGUUGACUUUGAGAUGGACUGCGCUUUUUUACUGAAACACUUUGUUUUGCUUUUGUUGAUUUUAAUAAAAGCACUCUGCACUUUUUGCACCAGCCCUUUGCUAUGUGGUUGAUGUCUAGCUCAUCUGUGACAUUACCGACGGUGUCAGGUUCGAGAGCUCCCCAGAAGCUAGAUGGGAGCAUUAAGUUAAACCCGCAUCGUCACAGAUUCGUGGUCUGUGUCGUCUUUGUUCAUUUCCGAUUCUUUCAUGUGUGUUCAUUCCAUUUGCCUUUUAUUUCCCCAUUGCUUCUAUUUAUCUUUCAGUGCUUUGUGGGUGGUUCCCCAAGAGGCGGGGCCACCUACCAAUCACCACCAGGAGGCGCCCUCCACCCUGUAAAUUCGGAUUGUCUUCCUCAGUUCCUGGCCGGUCAUUGGGAAUGGACGCUGGAGUCGAUUACAAAGGGAGCCUCUUUCGCAAUUCCCAUGACCAUGUGGUGAGGCGUCUAAUGUCCUGGGGUCAUCCAGGCGGGACAGAAAUCUCUAGAAGAGAAGAGCGUUCACUUUGCGGUAGGGAAGAGUUUCACACAGGGGGAACAUGGCCUCCGACACAGAGGAUGGCGUGGAUCCACGACUGGCUUGCAUUAAACAAGAGGAUUGUGACGGGGGUGCCCCAGAGGAAUGGGGAGUGAAAGUGGAGUCGUGCGAAGAAAGAAUUUCGCUGUCGAACGAGGAGGAGUCCAAGGGGGGGACUGGUGAAGUGAAAGGGGAGGAUCUGGACGAUUUUUCAGUGGAAGAGCGUGCACACGAGAAGAUUUUAAGGCAGGGUGUCUGCGCAGACGCCCAUUCCGGUGCACGGCCCUGGUCCACUCAUUCGGGAUGGCUGGCUACCCAGCAGAAUCCCACAGAGCUGAAGUCUGAAGUAUGCGAGUCUGAAGAGGAAAUCGAUGAAGGAAACGGGAAAGAAGAAGAGCUGCGGUCAUCUAGGAGUGUUAGAACAAAUUUACUUGAGAACUGCAGCUUCGCCCCAUCUUCUUUUGCUCAGAUGCCCCCUUGGUGCAAACAGUACAAGACGAAGAUGCAGAAAUCAACAAGAGGAUCAGAGAAUUUGACAGCAGCCUUUCUUGAGUGCAGUUCUCUUACUGCUGAGCAAACAAAGAGAGAAGCCGUGAACACCGAACAGCAAGUGGUGAGUAACUCGGAUAAAGAGGCUUUACAUGAUGACCGAGAGUGUGGAGAAACUUCUAAAACCCAAUCUGACUGUAAAGAUGGGUCAGUCCAAACAAUUCAGAAGCUAUCUGGCUGUUCUGAACAUGUUGAACUAUUUUCACACGGCAAAAGUCUUUCUGGACAUGAAAGGGCUCACAAUGGAGAAAUCCCCCUUUGCCGGCCGGAGUGUGGUAAACAACUACUCGUUAACAGUGUUUUUCUGAAGCAAACACGUGUUUGUACUGGAGAUAAGUCAUUCAGCUGUGCCGAAUGUGGCAAAAGAUUCUUUCAGAAGAGGAGUCUUCAAAAUCAUACAAAAAUGCACAGUGGGAAAAAGCCGUAUUGUUGUUAUGAAUGUGGUAAAGGAUUCUCAUUUCUAAGUAAUUUUCAUAACCACUUAAGAAUUCACAGUGGAGAGAAGGCUUAUCAUUGUAGUGAAUGUGGCAAACAGUUCAUACAAGAAAGCAGCCUACGAAGGCAUAUGAAAAUUCACACUGGAGUGAAACCCCACUGUUGUUCACAGUGUGGCAAACGAUUCUCACAAACAAGUCAUCUCCAGAGACACACGCGGAUUCACACCGGAGAAAAACCGUACAGCUGUUCUGAUUGUGGCAAAUGUUUCCCAGACAACCAGAGUCUUAACAGGCAUAUGAGAAUUCACACUGGAGAGAAACCCCAUUGCUGUCAAAAAUGUGGGAAACGGUUCUCACUAUUGGGUGAUUUCCGGACCCACUCGAGAAUCCACACUGGAGAAAAACCUUAUUCCUGUUCUGAAUGUGGGAAGCAAUUCAUUAACAGUAGUCAGCUUCAGAGGCACUCACGAAUUCACACUGGAGAAAAGCCAUAUUGCUGUUCAGAAUGUGGCAAACAAUUCAUUGACAGCAGCCAUCUUCAGAACCACACAAGAGUCCACACUGGAGAAAAACCAUAUAACUGUUCAGAAUGUGGCAAGCAAUUCUCUGAAAGUAGUGCUCUUCAGAGGCACACACGAAUCCAUACUGGGGAAAAGCCGUACAGCUGUUCAGAAUGUGGCAAACAAUUCUCGGACUGUAGCGCUCUUCAGAGCCACACAAGAGUCCACACUGGAGAAAAACCCUAUUGCUGUUCUGAGUGUGGCAAACGAUUCUCUGGCCAUAGUGCUUUUCGGCAGCACAAACGAAUUCAUACUGGGGAGAAGCCGUAUUGCUGUCCUGAAUGUGGUAAAAGGUAUUCACAAAAAAGAAGCCUUAACAGCCACUCAAACAUUCACGCUAGAGAAAAAAAAACAAGAAUUGCAGUUGAGGUAGCUGUGGAAUAAACCAAUGGAAACGCUGCUAAGGUGAACAGGUGUCAUUAAAAGAAACUUUCAGAAUUCCUUGCCUUUCGAACUCUGUACAAACUGCCAGGAGAAUUUCUCAUUACAACUUGUACAUUGAACAUGUGCAACAUGUUGUGGAAGACAGACAGGUAGACAUCAUUCGUUCACCCCACACACAUUUAUUUUACAACUAAUAUUUACAAAAGUGCACCACAACCCCAAAACUCCCCCAAAGUCCAGGUCGCACAAUGCCUCUAUCUUAUCUUCAGGCCGCCUCCACUCCUCUCCUCUCCUCCAAGACUUCAUCUACUCCACACCCGACUCCAUCCCUCGAAUGGAGGGAGGCAGCCCCUUUUAUACACACCCGGACGAGCUCCAGGUGCCUCCCGAUUAGCUUCCACUG